AUGAGAGCCUGCCCGUGUUCCUUGGCUGGUGCUAAAGGAGGUCUUCAAAAAGUGGUCCUCUCUCGAAAAGCCAUGCUUCUGCUAAAGAAGAAGCGUUACCAGGAGCAACUUCUAGAUAAAACGGAAAACCAAAUCAGCAACUUGGAGCGGAUGGUCCAGGAUAUUGAAUUCACCCAGAUUGAAAUGAAGGUCAUUGAGGGUCUGAAAAUAGGCAAUGAGUGUCUGAACAAAAUGCACCAGGUUAUGUCAAUAGAAGAAGUAGAAAGAAUAAUAGGUGAAACCCAAGAUGCUGUGGAGUACCAGAGGCAAAUAGAUGAGAUACUGGCUGGCAGCCUGACUGAGGAAGAUGAAGAGGCCAUUCUAGAAGAAUUAAACGCUAUUACUCAGGAACAGGUGGAGCUUCCAGAAGUUCCUUCGGAGCCACUCCCAGAGAAGACCCCAGAAGCGUCGCCUGUCAAGAACAGGCCAAAACCAGAACUGGUGGCAGCGUCUUAACUCCCACUGCUGGGGAUUCCCCCACAUCAUAACUUUCACCCAGGACAGUUUGCCAUCCCAGCGUGUGCUGGGAAGAAGCAAUGCCUUGGCAGCAUCCCAGCUGUGCUGGGCGGAUCGUGGAGCAGGAUUCCCUGUGCAGGGUGGGGAACCUCAGCUGAUUAUUGCUCUUGUAUCAAGAUUAUUUUCUAGUGCUUUCUUUUUUUGUAACUUAAAUUCGAAACUCACUCAGCUGCGCUGUCUCGGGAUUAAACAACAACUCUAAAACUUCCGAAGCCAAA